AUGUCUUACGAAGAUCGCGCCUCGGAUGCCGAGGAGGAGACCAUGGUGAAUGACUACCGCGAGCAGGUCAAUUACGACGAUAGUCUGAGUGAAAUAGACCAUUCUGUGUCUCUCGGUGGUUCUCAGGCUCAAGACCUUCAAGCACAGCUCGCCGCGGCUGCUACCCCACUGGAAUAUCAGGCUACUCUUGAGACCAAGUUCGCCAGCUACGACAACUACUGCAGUCUCUUCCACUACAUUCUGAACUCAGAAGGUCCUGUGGAUCUUGAGGUCCCUUCUUACUACUGGGCCUGGGAUGUCAUUGAUGAGUUCAUCUACCAAUUCGAGUCUUUUUGCCGAUACCGCAACCGCGUUGCUCGUAGUGGAUCCAGUGAGGAUGAGUCCCAAGUCCUCCGCGAAAACCCGAACACAUGGGGCUGCUACUCUGUACUGAACGUACUGUACUCGCUUAUCCAGCGCUCGCAGAUUAAUGAGCAACUGGCUGCCAUCAAGCGGGGCGAGGAUCCAAUUGCUUUCGCUGGCGAGUAUGGCUCCCGGCCGCUUUACAAGAUGCUGGGCUACUUCUCCAUCAUUGGUCUGUUGCGGGUGCACUGCCUGCUCGGUGACUUCAGCCUUGCCCUGAAGACCCUCGACGAUAUCGAGAUGAACAAGAAGGCCAUGUUCGCCCGCGUAAUGGCCGCCCAUUUCACCACGUACUACUACGUCGGUUUCUCCUACAUGAUGAUGCGCCGCUACGCCGACGCCAUCCGCAUGUUCAGCCACAUCUUGGUCUACGUUUCCCGGACAAAGAACUUCCAGAAAGGCGGCAACAACUACGAUGCUAUCGCCAAGAAGAACGAUCAGAUGUAUGCCCUGAUUGCCAUCUGCGUGGCUUUGCACCCCACCCGUCUGGACGACACCAUCCACUCCGCCGUCCGCGAGAAGUACGGCGAGCAGUUCCACCGUAUGCAGCGUGGCGGCCCCGAAGCCCUCCCCGUCUUUGAAGAGUUGUUCCGCUCUUCUUGCCCCAAGUUCAUCAGCCCUACUCCUCCUGACUUCGACAACCCUGCCUACAACGUCGAUCCCGUCGAUCACCACACUGCCAUCUUCAUGGAUGAGGUAAAGAACACCCUAUUCAAUCCCACCAUCCGUUCAUACCUGAAGCUUUACACCACCAUGGACCUCAAGAAGCUCGCCGGCUUCCUCGAGGUCGAGCCUGAGAAACUCCGUUCCUGGCUUCUCGUGAACAAGCAGCGCAGCCGUCAGAUCCGCUGGGUCGAGGGUGGUCUGCUUGAGGGUGAUGCUGUCAUUGCCAACGACCUCGACUACGCUCUCGAAGAUGACUUGAUCCACGUCAGUGAGACCAAAGCCGGCCGCCGCUUGGUUGACUGGUACCUGCGCAACCUUGCCCGAGUUUACUAA